AUGGCUGUUACCAUUUUAGUGAUGUUGUUAAUUUUCUACAUAUUUAGUAGGCAGAGAAGAAGAUUGCCUCCAGGCCCGUUUCCCUGGCCUAUCGUGGGAAAUCUCCUGCAGAUGGGAGAGCUUGUCCACCGUAGCCUUCAUGACAUUUCUAAGAAAUAUGGGCCAAUUGCUUCGCUGAAGUUGAGUUCUGUUACAGCAAUUGUGAUUUCUUCUCCUGAGAUGGCAAAAGAAAUGAAGAAACUCUGCAUGGUGGAACUGUUGAAUGCCAAAAGGAUUGAGUCCAUGAGAUCAAUGCGAGAGGAAGAGGUGUCUCUGGCUGUCCGAUCAGUGUGGGAGAAGAGCCGCCACGGCAAAGUUGCCGUCAAUCUUAGUCAGAUAAUCUCAUCCCUUGUACAGUCGCAGAUACUGAGAAUCCUUUGUGGCACCAAAUCUGACGAUCAACGUUUACAUUGA